AUGUGGAUGACUGAACUUGUCCGAACAGGCUGCGAGGAGGCAAGAGAAACCGCAUUUUGCUCUAUUCCCCAUACCGAAAACCGUCAAACAGAAGAUGAAACUUCAUGUUUCCCCUACGUCCUUUUGGACCUUCCUGCGCUUUACGAAACCGCGAUAAAUGAAUUUGAGGACCAGUCGAGUAGGCAUUCGCGGAGCUAUCCUGCAUUUUAUAUGCCCUCGGAGUAG